AUGCAAGAUGAGGAGAGCGGUCGAAAGCCAAAGCUGCUUCGAUCGCCGGUUUCACCAACAAAGGAGGAAAUCGAAGAGCACGAAGCAACAGGGCACACCAUCCAUAGGACCUGGUGUGGCCACUGUAUGCGCGCUCGUGGACUGCAUGAGCGGCAUCCUAGCGAACCUGAACAAGGAAAAGAUGAACGUGGUUUGCCCAUCGUUUCAAUGGACUACUUUUGGAUGGGCAGGGAUUCGAAGAAUCGGCCGGAAGUGGAGCCUGAAGGCGAAUUGCCUUCGUUGCAGGUCAAAGACGAGUACACUGGCUACAUGUGGUGCAGCGUGGUUCCAGCCAAGGGCGCAGACAACUACGCGGUGAACUUCGUCAUCCAGUGCCUUGAGGAGUCAGGGUACAGGAGACUGGUGCUGAAGUGGGACAAUGAGAACUCGAUCAAGUCCCUCAAGGAGGCUGUGAAGAAAGGCAUCAAGACGGUUGAGAUCGUCUUGGAGGAGUCAAAGACAGGAGACUCGCAGGCAAACGGCGCUUGUGAAGUUGCCGUUAGAGAAACCAAAAGGCAGAUCAAGGCUAUGAAGAGUUCCCUGGAAGAAAAGCUGGGGAUUCAGGUGAGAGAUCGGCAUCCGAUUCUUGCAUGGGUCGGUCGUCAUGCUGAUUUCAUGAUCUCCCGCUUCAGAGUGGGAACGGACGGACGAACGCCAUAUGAGCGUUCUCGCGGCAGACGGUGGAAACGACCAUCCGUCACUUUUGGUGAAAGAGUGUGGUUCAAGCCUCUGAAGAGCUAUCUGGAAGGGCCCUAUGACACGAUGCGGGAAGGCAUGUUCAUGGGGGCCCAUGGUCGCAACGGCGACGCACUGGUCAUGACCAAGGACGGUGUGAUCAAAGGUGGCAGUGUGAAACGGAUGCCGGAGGAGAAGCGCUGGUCGACGGAAGAUUUCGAUCAGAUGUGCGGCACUCCGUGGAAAAUGAGGCCACAGAAGCCAGAAGACUUGGACGCACCAAUAGCGAUUGCAAUGCCUGCAGUUGAGCCUGGCGUACGACUGAUGCCAGUCCCAGCGGAUCGAGAUUCGCUGCCAAGAAACCUCUAUGUCAAGAAAGCCGACCCGAAUGAGUCGGUCCUGCGGGAUGGCCCAGACGAUGCUGUCGAGAUGGCGGCAGAUGCAGCCAUUGGACAACCCGAGGGUCGAGUCGGACCUUUGGUCCGACCGGACCCGGUGAGACGUCCUUUGGAGGAGGAAGGGUCUUCCCCAGGAGGGGCAGCCAAGAGGCAGAAGUCUCCGGAGAAGAGGGGACAAAAGAGAGAAGGUGAAGAGAGCCAUCGAGAAGCUCAGGUGGCUGAAAGAGAAGAGGCCCGUGGAUCUAACGAUCCAGCACCUCCAGCUCAAGGAAGUGAGGCACCGGCAGCUCAGAGUCAAGGACCUGGGCAAUCGGACAUGGUUUCCGUUUUGGAAGCCAACAUGUUUCAUAAACUGGAGUCCAAGAAAGAGAUCUACGAGAUCAGCCAACUACUGUGCUCCAUGGGAAUCAGCAAAAGCGACGUGGCCGAGAUCUACAAUCCCGAGCGUUUCACUUCGAAGGCUAACCUUUUCGGUCUUCGACCUGGAUUUGCAGUUGAUUUGAUGGUUUCCAAGAACUCGAAAGGAGACCAUUGGGAUCUGUCAAAGGACACAGAUCAGCGAGAGUUGAGGAGGCUCCUGAAGAAGGAGAAACCGCUAUUCCUUGUCGGAUCACCUCCGUGUGGGCCAUUCAGUCCACUUCAGAAUCUCAGCAAGUACAAAAGAACGGAUGAAGAGAACCAACAGAUCUUAGAAGAAGGUCGAACGCACUUGAAGGUGGCUGUGGAAUGCGAACUCAGUACCUUGGCAGAGCUCACAUCGGGUCCCUCACCCGAUGAUACCUCAAAUGACCAAACCGAAAGCUUUGUGGACGAGACUGUCAGCGACUAUGUGGACUCAGUGACAGGCAUGCCACUGGAUCCAGCGAAAGUUUUGGAAGCCAGAAAGGAAGAGAUGAAGUGGGUGGAGAAGCAGCAGCUAUGGGAUGUUGUUCCCACCACUAUGUGCUGGGAGUAUCUCGAAGAAUGCUUAAAGAAGAAGUUUGAAUAUCGCGUGGAUGGCUUGAUCGGUCCAGAACGAGGAGAUGGUACGUCAAUGUGCGUACUCAAUAGAGUGAUCAGCUAUGACAAGACGACUGGCGUGUUGGACUAUGAAGCAGAUCCACGCCAUGCUGAAUACAUUGUGAAAGCCCUAAACUUGGAAGGUUGCAAACCGGUUAGCACACCGGCGGAAAAGCAGAAAAUUCAAGAUGUCAUCGCGGCUGAAGAGCAGCCCGAUUUGGAACCAGAACAAGUUUCACAAUACAGGUCUCUUACAAUGCGAGCUGCUUACCUGUCAAUGGAUCGUGCCGACCUGGCUGAAGCAACGAAAUCGCUUGCUCGGCACAUGCAACAUCCUACCGAAUAUGCUUGGGGAAAACUCAAGCGCCUCGGACGUUAUCUGUCCGGUCACAUGCGAGUGGUAUCGAAGUUUCGACCCCAGAAGAUGUUCAACACCAUCCGAGUGCCACGAUCCGAUGGCCUCAUAGUUGACAUUGUGGGUACUGGUGGCGAUGGCCAGGACACCUUCAACAUCUCCACAGCUGCAGGGCUUCUCGCAGCUGGAGCUGGUGUGCGUAUCGUGAAGCACGGCAACCGUGCAGCCUCCUCGAAGAGUGGUGCUGCAGACAUCCUCGAGGCACUGGGCGCUCAGUUGGAAAUUGACGCAUCACAGGUGGCCCCCGUGCUCGCGGCCGGCAGCUUCGCUUUCUUGUUUGCCAGGUCCUAUCAUCCUGCCAUGAAACACGUGGGCCCUAUUCGCUUGGAGUUAGGCAUCCGAACGGUCUUCAACAUCUUGGGACCUCUGACGAACCCUGCCAAGCCAGAUGCCAUGGUUUGUGGUGUUUACACUGAUAGCCUGGGACGACUUUUCGUGGAAGUCUUCAAACUUUUGGGCAUGAAACGUGCGCUGGUAGUACAUGGCUGUGAAGGUCUGGAUGAGCUUUCUAUCGCAGGAAAGUCCAAGGUGUGGGAGUUGAAGGAGGGUGGAGAAAUCAAGGAGUACGAGGUCCAGCCCUCGGACUUCGGCGUUUCACCACAUCCACUCUCCGAGGUGGCUGGCAACAGCCCAGAGGAGAAUGCCAUCGAGAUGCGCGAGCUCUUGCAGGGAAGGUUCCGCAGCGAAAGCUGGUGA